GCGCUCCAUCCGCCGGCACACUCGCCACUCCAAAGCAAGUCAUCGGACUACUCCCAGUCCCUACUUUAAUUCCUUCUCCGUAGCACAACGAGGCAAGUUCUACGAGCAGAGGCGUCACGCUCAAAGCUCACUUUGUGGGUUAUCUAAGGAAUGCUGCCAAGGGAGUUUGAGGCCAGCUCCAUGUCUCUGUUCAAAACAGCUACGCUCGAGAAUAGAUGCUUUCCACUGUCAUCCCUUCACUUGGUUUUCAUCAUCCUGUGUGUUCUCAGUGGUGCCAAAGCUGAUUUGAGUUCAGAUAAGCAAGCUCUUCUUGCUUUUGCUAAUUCAAUUCACCAUGGAAGCAAGCUUAAUUGGAAUUCCAGCAUCUUGAUCUGUUCUACAUGGGUUGGUGUUUCAUGUUCACCAGAUCAAAGUCAUGUUCUCUCCCUCCGGCUUCCUGGGAUUGGGCUUUUGGGCUCAAUUCCUGAAAACACACUUGGCCAGCUUGAUCAUCUCAGAGUCUUAAGCCUUCGGUCCAAUCGCCUGACUGGAAAUCUUCCAUCUGAUAUCUUCUCCCUUGCCUCUCUGAAGUUUCUCUUUCUUCAACACAAUAACUUCUCUGGGAAAAUACCAGCUUCAGUCUCUUUGAGCCUUAACUCUCUUGAUCUUUCAUAUAACUUAUUAACUGGGGAGAUUCCUACAGGAAUUCUUCAUAUCUCUCAGCUUUCUGUCUUGAAUCUGGAGAGCAACCUUCUGUCUGGACCUAUCCCUGAUCUGAAUCUUCCUAGGCUGAAACAUUUGAAUUUAUGCAACAACAAUCUGAAUGGUUCAAUCCCAUCUUCUCUUCAAAACUUCUCUAAAUUUUCGUUCUUAGGAAAUUCUCACCUUUGUGGGCCGCCUCUAUCCAAAUGCUCCACAAUUCUUCCUUCACCAUCACCUUUUUACCUUGUUUUGACACCCCCACCGACAAUACCUGAGAAUCAAGAGAACAAUCUUAGGAGGAAAAUAAAUGCAGGGUUCAUUACCGCAAUUGCUACUGGAGGAUUGGCUGUAUUUGUUCUAUUAGUAGUUGUUCUUUUUGUAUGCUUCACCAGAAAGACAGAUAGAGGAGGUGGUGAUGGAGAUUCAAAAGAGAUGGGUCCGAGUGGUGGAAGGGGUGCAAAGCCAAAAGAGGAUUAUAGUAGUGGGGUUCAAGCUGCUGAAAGGAAUAAGCUUGUUUUCUUUGAAGGAUGCACCUAUAACUUUGAUUUGGAAGAUUUGCUGCGAGCUUCAGCUGAAGUUCUGGGCAAGGGGAGUUAUGCAACUGCAUACAAGGCUUCCUUAGAGGAUGGAACUACUGUUGUAGUCAAGAGGUUGAAGGAGGUGGUGGCAGGAAAAAAGGAAUUUGAGCAACAGAUGGAACUGAUUGGGAAGGCUGGGCAGCAUCCAAACCUUAAUCCUCUUCGUGCUUAUUACUACUCCAAGGAUGAGAAGCUUCUUGUUUAUGACUAUGUUCCAAGUGGCAGUUUCUCAGCCCACUUACAUGGGGCCAGUGGCACUGAGAAGGCCUUGCUGGACUGGGAUUCCAGAAUGAAAAUCAUACUAGGAACAGCUUAUGGCAUGGCACACAUACACUCUGAAGGUGGUGGAAAGCUGGCUCAUGGAAACAUCAAAUCUACCAACAUCCUCCUCGAUCAAGAUCUUAAGCCUGUUGUCUCAGAUUAUGGCCUCACUGUACUAACAAAUCUUCCUGCUAAUACUUCUCGAAUUGUUGUGGGGUACUGUGCCCCUGAGACUAUUGAGACACGAAAGACCACACAGAAGUCUGACAUCUACAGCUUUGGGGUUCUCCUCCUAGAGAUGCUUACUGGGAAGGCUCCACUCCAGUCUCAUGGACAUGAUGAUGUGGCAGACCUGUUAAGGUGGGUCCAAUCUGUGGUGCGAGAGGAGUGGACUGCCGAAGUAUUUGACAAGGAACUCAUGAGAAGUCAACAGACUGAGGAGGAGAUGGUGGAGAUGCUCCAGGUUGCAAUGGCAUGUGUUGUUAAGUCUCCUGAUCAACGCCCGAGAAUGGAAGAGGUGAUUAGAAAGAUUGAAGAGAUACGGCAGUUUGGCUUAGAGGACAAGCACAAGGAGUCAGAGGACAGAACACCAUGAUAGCUUAACUAUGGAACAAGUAUUUCACUGAUGGCCACUGGAAGAUAGUAGCUAGAGUCCUUUUUUCUAAACAAAGAAUUUCAUAGGAAGGAGCAUCAACCAACCCCUGCAUAUUUCGUCAUCUUAUCUUUCGACCUCGGUUUGUCUUAGUUUGUUAGAGCUUUGCAUUUGUUUAAGUGACAGGAAAUGUGUGCAUGUUUAUGCUUUAAGUUGACUCUGUGCACAACUUGUGUAGUGUUGCCAUAGCUAAAACUCAGAUGCCGAGGUUAAAACAUUUUCAUGUUAUCGUGGACUAAUUGUACUCUCACGAUAGGCUGGUUGUAAUGUAUGACUGGCUAGGUCUUGAAUGUAUUUGUCUAGCUGUUAAAUCAUGAUUACUCUGCUGAGCGUUCCAAA